UGUAAUUAGUUAGAUAUUUUGGACUUCCUGAAUAACAGCCAAAGAGCUCAGGCCAGCUCUUGUAUUUUUUUGGCUCAAGAUCUUGAGAUGCCCGAGGUUUUGAGAGAGAGAGAAGAAUGCAAUCCUUUGGAGCCUUGACCUCCCAUCGUACUUUCCCACUCAGUUGCUUUCACCAUUUCAAGUCCUGCUCUCUCCACAAUACCCUGUGCAGUCUGAGGAAGGUGGACAAGAAGGGCCUUAAAGACACCUGGCCCUCCAUUUCUAUCUCAUUGUUCGCAUCAGGUUUCAUCUUGGGUCCUCUUAUUGAUGGACUCCAUUCAAGGGUGAAGCUUGUAAUGUACCAAAAUGGAGCAAUUGAUAUAGGCCCUCUGCAUACCAACAUCUGGGUUCCUCCUUUGCUUGGAGCCUUUUACUGCACUGUUGGCCUGUUGCAACUCUUUCUGGAUGAGAGGUUCCCUUCCAGAUCAAAGGCUGCAGUGGGGAGCCUGGAGAGAACUGCACUUUCUCUGAUAAUACUUGUGGUAUUCAUUGAAUUGAGUGCUGAAAUGUACAAAGGUGGAGUACCCAGCAACAUCGAAGCCUAUGUUUUGUUUGCCCUGGCAGAGUUUAUAUGGUUAUUCCUGGAUGGCACUUGGCAAGGUUUUGCUUCGGCUUGCUUUGUUGGUCUUGCAUGCCCUCUUGCUGAGGUCCCAUUAAACAAGUUGUUUCAUCUCUGGAAUUACCCCAGCGCUGACAUCCAACUAUUCGGAGAGGCAACUAAUCAGAGAUGGGAGAAAUGGAAAAAUAGGAGGGGGGCGAGAGAGAGAGGCAAAGCAGCAGCUGCUGAUCAGGAGUAGUGAUGGAGCAUUGGUAGAACUCACAAAGGAGGGUUCGGUCUCGUUGGAAAUUUGGCAUGGAGGAUGGAAGAGCUCAUCGAGAAUCCAUGAUCUCGACUAUUCCUUUGGAAUCCAUAUGGUGAGAUCUCUAAUAAUUUUAAGUUCUAUCUUAACACGGUAUGGUGAAUGAUAAUUGAGUUAUAAACAAGAAUGUUUGAAAUAAAUGUAAAGCUAUAUGUCCUGUGCUUUUUGAAAGUAAUUUUAUAUCGUUGAUAUAAAAUAUCUUACGAUUUUUAAUUAAUUAAAUGAUAAAUCUAACCUUACAAUUUAAAUAUUAUUUUUUUAUUCGUAUAUGACAUCUUGCUUUCUCGCAUGUUACUUCAUUUUUUUCGCCAAUCAAAAUCAAUGAAGAGCAUAAGUUAUUGUUUACAAAUGAAAAAAAAUAUAUCAGUAAAAAA